CCACACAUUUGUUCAGCGCGCCCAUCAUCAAGCGCUAGUUCCAUCCUGUAUCCGCCACACCCACGCGCGAGACCAACAGCGAUUCGCCUAAGCGCAGCGCAUCCUCCUCCCCCCACCCCCCCUUUUUUUCCCCAACAAACAACACUUCGCAACCAUGGCGUCUGCGCGCAAGCGACCCAGGGUCGAGCCCGAGGACAACCGCGCCGAAUGCCCGUUCACCAUCAAGAUCGUCGACCCCAAGGAUAAAGAGCAGAAGAAGAAGAAGCGACGGCGCACCGAGAACGGCGACGAGGAGGACGCAGCGCAGAGGAUCAACCUGCAGUUGUCGCCCUUCGCUCCCACCGGCAAAUUCAAGACGCACGAGACCAUGGACCUCUUUUACCAGGUCGACCCCGCCAAGAAAUGGACAGACAUGACAAGAUAUAACAGCUUCGUUCUCAACGGGAUCAAGUACUUCAGCGAAGGCUUCAUCUACGUCGCGAACGACUCGAGCAUUGAGCGCCAGAAGGCCGUCAACAACAACGAGCCGAUUCAGUACCGGAAGAAGUCGGACGACGACUGGGUCGCGCGUAUCUUGGAAAUCCGCGCCAGCGACGAGCACCACGUCUACGCGCGAGUCUACUGGAUGUACUGGCCCGACGAGUUACCACAAGGCACGCACGAUGGCAAGAAGAUCAUCCAGGGCCGGCAGCCGUACCACGGCAUGAACGAGUUGGUCGCUUCCAAUCACAUGGACAUCAUCAAUGUAGUUUCCGUCACGUCGCAGGCACAGGUGAAGCAAUGGUUCGAGGAGAACGAUGAGGAGAUACAGAACGCGCUGUACUGGAGACAGGCGUUUGACGUCAGGACAUACGAGCUUUCGAGUGUCGAGCUAGUGUGCAGUUGCAACACACCCGGGAACCCGGACAAGUUGCUCAUAGGGUGCACGACGGAGCCCUGCAAGAAGUGGAUGCACGAACAAUGCAUCAUCGACGACGUGCUCAGGACGGUGUACAAGCGGCUGGGCACCGAUAAACCACAGCUGGCGCCGGUAGCCACGAAGAAAGAGGAGACGGGCGACGAGGGCAAGCGCCCGUUAAGCCCCUCCGAGGCGGGCGCGGAGGGUGCCGCGGAACAGUCGAUUGACGUGAAGUCCGAGGCUGCACCGUCAGACGCGGUCCACGUCGGAACGAAAGACAAGGUCGAAGCCAGGCCCGCAGCAACCGACGAUGAAGACGCUCAGGCAGCGCCUGAGGAUUCCCUUCCCGUGCGAACCGCGGCCGACCAAUCAUCACAACAACAAGGACAACAACAGCAGCAGCAGCAGCAGCAACAGCAGCAACAACAGCAACAACAGCAGCGAGCUACGAGCGAGAUCACCGCCACCACCACAGACACGCCGAGCAAGCCGGCCGGCUCCAGCAAAUCGGCAUCGGGGCGCAAGCCAGGUAGGCCACGGAAGAAGGGCGCUGGCGAGGCGAACGGAGAGAGCGCGCGGCCAUGGGAAGGCUUGUUCGAGGCAACGCUCAAGACGGCAGACAUAGACCCGCCAUUGGUCGAGAUCCGGGAUCUGCGACCCAAUGUCGUGGGAGGAGAGAAGAUCUGGACGGAGCGGAUCAAGUGCCUGCUCUGCGGAAACCAAGUCAACUAAGGUGGGCCGUCCCAGCCCCAGACGGGGAAGCAUACGUUGCGCCGGGGGAUGGAAGAGAAGGGAAGAGAGGAGAAGAGAACAAAGAGGCGACGAGACAAGAGGGAGGGAGAGGAUGAAGGGGGUGUGGAUGCGGGUGAGGACACAGUACGGAGAAGCUCAUGGUCCGCCACAUGGGUGCAACAGCCCCAGCUCGGCUGGCAGCAGAUUCUACCGGAUCCAUCCUUGCGUCUAAUGACCUCCUCAUUCUCGGUUGGGCUGCCGUGGAUCGAGGACUAAGGGCUGCUGAAACACUCCACACGUACCGAUAAGGCACCCUCCUCCGGCGACGCGGAGGCGGAAGCGGAGA